AAAACUGAGCAUACUGUGAGAGGAAGGAAAAGGAAGAAGACGACUGAACUAGGAUUAGUGUAAUCCAGAAAUAAAGAAACGAAAAUAUUUAAAAUCCGCAGCGUUUGUUUCCAGGGGGGAAUUAAUAUUUAUUACGCUUGUGUGCUUUAAAUACUUUCCUUCCAACUUUCAAAAGAAAAAAACGAAGAGAAUCCGUUUGCACGCUCGGAACGCAGAAAGGGAGGGAGGGUCGGUCUCUCUUUCUCUGCGUCGAGGAGAGGAGCUGAAACUGGAACACCACCAUCUUUUGACCAGGAGCCUUUUUAGGGCUUUGGGGAGUCGGUGUCUGUCUGAUAUUCUUCCGUUUUGCUGGUUUUUGAUCGGGAAGGGUUUGUACCGAGUUGGGCAUUGGGGGAUUUUGUGUAGUUUGAAUCGGAUAAGCAAAAACCUUUGUUGGAGAAGAUGAAACCGGCAGGCAGGAAGAGGGAUAGGAAGGAGAAGGAUGCGAGCGCUGGCAUUCCUGAUUCCUCAGUGGCAGAUUUCUCUCUGGCAAAUGUUGAGGUGGUCGAGGACGGAGCUACGGAGCGGAGGAAGCGCGGGCGACCGAGGAAGAACCUCAUUAUCGAUGCCCAGAACACCGGGACCGUGCAUUCGAAAGAGGGGGCAAUACGGGAACCACCCACCUCCGAAUUAGAGAAUGGGGCGGCCGAUAGGGCGCUUGGCUCACCGACUAGGACGGUAACAAGGGUUGUUGAAGACAGUAGUGGAGAAUUGUUGAGGCUUGCUGCUGCAAAUGUUGGUGAAGCUAAGAAGGAGAACGUGAUUAAGGUUGUGCCUUCAAUGGACGCGGUGGUUAAGGUGUUCUGUGUCCACACAGAGCCGAACUUCUCGUUGCCAUGGCAGAGGAAGCGGCAGUAUAGCUCUAGCAGUAGUGGUUUUAUCAUUAGUGGACGCAGAGUGCUUACUAACGCGCAUUCUGUCGAGCACCAUACACAGGUCAAGCUUAAAAAGCGUGGUUCGGACACCAAGUACUUGGCGACUGUGCUUGCAAUUGGCACCGAGUGUGAUAUAGCGCUGCUGACUGUCAAUGAUGAUGAGUUCUGGGAUGGGGUUUCACCAGUGGAGUUUGGUUCCUUACCAGUAUUACAGGAUGCUGUGACAGUUGUUGGUUACCCCAUUGGGGGAGACACAAUUUCUGUGACAAGUGGUGUUGUCUCACGGAUGGAGAUCUUAUCUUAUGUUCAUGGGGCGACAGAGCUAUUAGGUUUGCAGAUUGACGCUGCCAUAAACUCUGGAAACUCUGGUGGUCCUGCAUUUAAUGACAAGGGUCAGUGUGUCGGCAUUGCAUUUCAGUCCCUUAAACAUGAGGACGUGGAAAACAUUGGUUAUGUCAUCCCCACUCCUGUCAUUAUGCACUUUAUUAAGGAUUAUGAAAAAUCAGGGGAAUACACAGGUUUUCCAAUCCUUGGGGUUGAGUGGCAGAAGAUGGAGAAUCCUGAUUUGCGCAAGGCUAUGGGAAUGACACCAAAUCAGAAGGGUGUUCGUGUUAGAAGAGUAGAACCAACUGCUCCAGCAUCUCAGUUCUUGAAGCCAUCAGAUAUCAUUCUUAGCUUUGAUGGGAUUGAUAUUGCAAAUGAUGGAACAGUUCCUUUUAGGCAUGGGGAGAGGAUUGGCUUUAGUUACCUGGUUUCUCAAAAGUACACUGGAGAAAGUGCUGCAGUCAAAGUCCUUCGGGAAUCAAAAAUUGUUGAAUUCAAUGUAGAGGUUGCAACCCACAAACGCCUUGUUCCUGCACAUAUCAAGGGGAAACCGCCAUCAUAUUACAUAAUUGCUGGAUUUGUAUUUUCGGCCAUAUCUGUUCCUUAUCUCCGUUCUGAGUAUGGAAAGGAUUAUGACUAUGAUGCACCAGUUAAGCUGCUAGACAAAUUGUUGCAUUCAAUGGCACAAACAGAAGAUGAACAACUGGUUGUUGUAUCACAGGUACUGGUAUCAGAUAUCAACAUUGGAUAUGAAGAUAUUGUCAAUACUCAGGUUUUGGCAUUCAAUAACAAGCCCAUAAAAAAUUUAAAACAUUUGGCAGAGAUGGUGGAAAACUAUGAUGGUGAAUUUUUGCAGUUUGAUCUAGAAUAUCAACAGAUAGUUGUUUUAGAGACUAAAACGGCCAGAGCAGCAACCCUUGAUAUCCUCAAAACGCAUUGUAUUCCUUCAGCAAUGUCAGAGGAUCUGAGGACGUGAAGCUGGUUGGGAUGUUUCAUAUUGAAAGGGCUAUAGCAGUUAGAUUAGGAAGAGCUAAAUGGGUUGACUUGGCGCAUCAGUUUCAAUCGUCAGCGUGACAUAAUUAAGCUAGUCUGCUUUCUGUGCUUUUGUGCGCUUGGUGUAUCACUGCCUCAAAAAAUAUACUUAGGUAUGUAAUAGUAUGAAAUCCCUCGGACACUGAUCAUGUAUCCUGGGACACAUUUUGCACGUCCAGUUGCAUCUGUUCUUUGUGUCCAGGAAUCUGAUGUGGCACCUAAAGAACUAUAUCUAUUGGGAAGAUUUUGCUGAUUAAGCCAAGGCAAGAAUUUUUGAUUUGAAAACUUGUGCGUGCUUUUGGACCACUUUGUUUUCAUCACAGGCAGCUGGAUCCAUUUUGGCUUGAAAGCGGACUGUCCUCAAGUUUAAAGCUUUCUUCUUUCAUUAUAAUUAUCUGAUACUUUGUUUUUUCUCUUCUUUUUUUCCACAAUUUGGACAAUAUGGUGGCUGCAUAUGCAGCAGAGACAUGCAUAGAAAUACACGUCUAUGAAAAAUUUAUCCGCGAC